AUGAAGUUCUCCGCAAUCACUUCUGCUCUGCUCGUUGCAGGUGCUUCUGCUGCCGCCGUCCCUGCGAAACUGCAAGCUCGCCAGGACAGCGGCUCCUACAAUAUACCGGGGCUUGGUGCUCGCAAGCAGCAGGUCACCGCUGCCGGCGCCAACUCGUUCGAUCUUGCCAUCGCCAUGCUGGAAACUGACAACAUGGACACCAACGUAAGCACCCACCCCUCCAGCACCGGACUUUACGUAUACGGCGACAACAAGGUUGACGAUGCUGCCAACUUUGGUAUCUUCAAGCAGAACUGGGGCAUGCUGCGCGUGUGCUGCGACAGCUUCAAGGGACAGCCUCUAUCCGACUGGAACAACGGAGCGCUUCUGAACUCCGACCUUGAGGCCGACGUCCAUUGCUUGAAGCAGUGCCAAUCGCACUACGGACUCCGCACGUGGCUCGCCGGUCACCGCUGGGGCGAGACUGGUUUCAAUGACCCCAACACCGAAGACAUCAACAACUACAUCAGUGGCGUCGAGCACAUUGAGCAGCAGCUCCUGACUCAGCCUGAUGCCAUGACCAACGAUAACAGGUACUACAUCUACGUUGUGCCCGUCUAA